AUGUCUUAUUCAAAACAUUGGGAUUAUUCGAACGAAGAUCUUGUUUUACUGCAUUUGAAGGGCCUUUGCGCCAUAAAUCCUUGCUUGACAUUGGUUGAAGAUUCAAAGGUGAUUUUUAAUUCAAACUGUACAUCUGAUAAAGUAAUUGUGGUAUCAGGUGGAGGAUCAGGGCAUGAACCAACCCAUGCCGGGUUUGUAGGAGAAGGUUUAUUGGAUGUUGCGAUUGCAGGCAAUAUUUUUGCAUCACCUUCAGCCAAACAAAUACUUAAUGGGCUUAGAGCAAUUAAAUCAGAAAAAGGUUACCUUUUAAUUGUGAAGAAUUAUACUGGAGAUAUAUUACACUUUGGUUUAGCUGCAGAAAGGGCUAAAGCCCUUGGAAUGAAUGUUGAACUAGUAAUUGUUGCUGAUGACGUUGCAGUUGGAAGAACUAAGAAUGGCUUGGUGGGAAGAAGAGGACUUGCAGGGGUGAUAUUGGUACACAAGAUUUCAGGUGCUAAAUCAAUUUUAGGUGCUUCAUUGUCUGAUAUUGCACAAGUUUCUCAAAAAGUUAUAGAUAAUAUGGUUACAGUUGCUGCCAGUUUAGAUCAUUGCUCUGUUCCGGGAAGGGGAGAUGAUGAUGAAUUAGAACUUCUUAAGCCAAAUGAAAUUGAGGUUGGCAUGGGAAUUCACAACGAGCCGGGGGUAAAAAAGUAUUCAACUAUCCCUAAAAUAGGAAGCCUUAUUGACGAAUUGCUUAUAUAUCUAUUAUCUCAAGAUGAUAAGGAAAGAAGUUAUGUGCCUUUCAAUGAUAAUGAUGAGGUUGUGUUACUAGUUAAUAAUUUAGGUGGUACAUCGGUAUUAGAGUUGUAUGCAAUAGGUGAUAUGGUACUCCAAAAACUUGCUGAAAUUUAUUCAAUAAAUCCUGUACGCACAUAUAUCGGUGAGUUUACAACUUCGUUAAAUGGUCAAGGAUUUAGUAUUACUCUACUUAAUGCGACUAAAGCAGGUGGUUCCGAAAUUGUUAGCUUACUAGAUAUGCCUUCAGAUUCUGUCGGUUGGACCUCGAGGCUAUCUCUGAAAAAUCAUUAUAAAAGAAUUGAUAAAGUCAAAACUUUUGGAUGUACGAAUGAAAAUAUCACGGAUUUCAAGUCAACA